UCUUCUUCAGCUUGGUUUCAAAAUCUAACUGUCUUCUUGACCUUUUUGGUUUAAAAACGCGGAAGACGACGUAUUGUCUGUCACAGCGCCGUAGGUUUUACAAAAAUUCAAAAAGUUACUGGCAAAAAAAAAAAAAAAAAAAAAAAAAAAAAUUGAAAUUGCAGAAAAUGGAGAAAAGGCUCCGGUCAUCUCUCAAGACAUCCGCCGACGAAUUCAUCUCAACCGCCAUCAAAUUAUCCCUAAAAACCUCAAAGGCGGCGCUGAAAUCAAUCAUCUACGCCGUGAAACCCUCGUCAGACCUCUCAUCUUCUCUCCCACUCGCUCUUCACAAGUCAAUCCACCAACACACAGAAUCCUUCCAAAAACUCGAUGAUGAUGAUGAUACUACUACUCCCUACGUCCCUUCUCCUUCCAAUUCGCCUCCGCCGAAACGCCAACGAGUUGGAUCCGUACUGGAUUCGGGUCAGCGUAAGCAGGAGAUCCUCCUCAGUUCUCUUGAGGUUCUUUCUCAUGCUGUUCAUCUAUGUCUUCUGAAUCCCAAAAAAGCUUUUUCAACUUCGGAUUUACUUCCCGCUGCUCAAUUUUUGCACGAUAAUCUUAGACUGUUCGAGUCGGAUUCGGUUCUGUGUCUCGAGAUUGCUGGGAUUUGUGAGUGUUGGUGGAAGGAAGGUUUAGUGGGAAGAGAGUCUUUGAUUUCGCAGUCGUUACCGUUUUUGCUUUCGAGGUCAUUGACCUUGAAGAAGAAAGUUGAUGUUCAUAGAGUGUAUAUGCUUAGGGAAGCGUUUACGUUGUUUGAUUUUGAGGAUGAGAGUAUUGAAGAUCUGAGGAUGUUGCUGAUGCGCUGUGUGGUUUCUCCUCUGUAUGUGAAGACUGAAGAUGGUCAGAGGUUUGUUUCCUUUGCCUUUGGGCUUAGUCGACAGUUGAUGAAGGCCGGUCUUGCUGUUGUUAAGGCUCAGAUCCCUUUGGCGAGGAAGUCUGUGCUUGAGGGUUUUGGUGGGAUUUUAUUUAGAGCUUGGAAAGAAGUGGAGCAGCAAGAUUUGAAAGGUGAGAUUGAAGAUGGGUUUUUACAGGGGAUUAUUGAUACUUGUAUUCACGCUAGUUCUUGCGCCUUUUCUGCUUCUUUAAGGAGGGUUUUGGAAGGCUUUAUCAGUCAGCGAACGACUCAAGGAGUUGAGAAGCUUCUCUUUAGCCUUGCUGAGCCUAUGAUAUUUCGAUCAUUGCAGGUUGCAAAUUCAAAUGUUCGUUUAAAUGCUUUACAUUUGCUUCUGGAUCUUUUCCCCAUGGAGGAUCCUGAUGCAACAAAAGAAGCAAAAGAUAGCCUACUUGACAAACAGUUCUACUUGCUGGAAAAAUUGAUGAGUGAUGAAUGUCCAGAUGUGAGGUCCGUUGCUGUGGAAGGUCUCUGCCGAGUUUUCUAUCUUUUCUGGGAAGUGAUCCCAUCAGCAACAAUUACCAAGGUCCUCACAAAAAUUUUCGAUGAUAUGUCACAUGAAUCGUGCAGUGAGGUUAGACUUUCAACGGUUAAUGGUAUAACUUACCUCCUCGCAAACCCACAAUCCCAUGGCAUACUUAAAGUGGUUCUGCCAAGACUGGGGCAUUUGAUGCUAGAUAGUGUUACUUCAGUACGCGUUGCCAUGGUAGAUCUGCUGCUUCUUUUACGAGAUGUUCGUGCUUUCCAGGAUCCAAAGGUGUGGGAGGAACCAAUGGCGUUCAACCCGGAGAGGUUUAUUGGGGCCCAAGAAGAAUCGGUGGACAUUACCGGUAGCAGAGGGAUAAAGAUGAUGCCGUUUGGAGCUGGAAGGAGGAUAUGUCCAGGGAUUGGGCUAGCAAUGCUGCAUCUGGAGUACUAUGUGGCGAAUAUGGUGAGGGAGUUUGAGUGGAAAGAGGUCCAAGGUCAUGAGGUUGACUUGACGGAGAAGCUCGAGUUCACCGUCGUCAUGAAACACCCGCUUAAGGCUCUUGCUGUGCCUAGGAGAAAUUACUAG